AUGCCAUUCACAUUUAAAGGAAAAAGAGUGUGUUCAGCAGGUGAUGGCAGAUGUGAUAGCCCUGGAUUUUCUGCCAAGUAUGGAACCUACACGGUGAUGGACAUUCAAACAAAUGUCAUUUUAGGUUUCCAUAUAACUCAGUGUACAGAAACCAGCAGCUCUGUCUACAUGGAGAAACAUGGUUUGGAAAAAUGCCUCGGUCAUCUUCAAGACAAUGAAGUAACUGUUGAUGUUUUGGCUACGGACCGCCAUGUGCAAAUAAGAAAAUACCUGACUGACAAAUGGCCUGAUAUAAAUCAUCAGUUUGAUGUAUGGCAUCUUGCCAAAUCAGUUGGGAAAAAAAAUAGCAAGAGAAGUAAGCAAACAGGUUGCGAGAGGCUUUCAACUUGGAUUAAGUCGGUGGUGAAUCACCUAUGGUGGUGUUGUGCCACAUGUGAUGGAAAUGGAGAUGUGUUGGUGGAAAAGUGGCUAUCCAUCGUCCAUCAUGUGUGUAACCGCCAUGUAUUUCCUAGACAUCAUGUCACUGAAUGUUGCCAUGGACGGCUAGAGCCAACAGUUGAAAGAAAAACGAAAUGGCUAAAGAUGCAGUCACCAGAACACCAGGCACUUACAAAUGUAGUAAACAACAAGCUGUUGGUUAAGGAUAUCAGACAGUUGACUCUAUUUUGCCAUACUGGUGCUUUGGAAAGCUAUCAUGCUUUGCUGCUGAAGUACAUGCCGAAGCGGAUCCAUUACAGCCUGGAAGGCAUGAUAGCAAGAACCCACCUGGCCGCCCUUGACCAUAACCAUAAUGUAAACAGGGCGCAGGCAACAGUAAAAACAGGAAGCAGGAAAGGGGAGAAACGGUUUAAAACUGAAUUUUCCAAACUUUCCAAAUCAUGGAUUGCGAAGAAAAUGUAUGAGAAAAAGACAUAUGAAUAUUUAGAAAAUUUGAAGGAAAAAACACUAGAAACUGAAAAAUUAAAUUGCACACGGCCCAACAGAAGAUCGCUCCCACCGAACAUCAGUAGGAAUAAAAACCAAGAAAAGAUAUCAUAG